AUGGAUGAGGAAAUGAUUGAGAUGACCACAGGGUUCGUCUAUGAUGAAUCCGCUGCCCAGUGUGACCAAACGGACGUCUACAAGUUUGGGAAAGUCUACGUACCAAUACUUUAUAGCCUUGUGUUUAUUAUUGGACUACUGGGAAAUCUCCUGGUGGUUUUUACCAUUGUGAAAGGUUGGCAGCAAAAGAGCGUCACUGACAUAUUCCUCUUGAACUUAGCCAUCUCUGAUCUUCUCUUUGUGAUUUCUCUUCCGUUUUGGGGUUAUUACACUGUAUGGGGAUGGAGUCUUGGGAACCUUUCCUGCCCAAUAGUUUCCUCUUUCUAUUCUAUUGGUUUCUUUGGAGGCAUGUUUUUUAUCACCGUCAUAAGCAUUGAUAGAUAUCUGGCAAUUGUCCAUGCAACCAUAUUCAUGAAAGGCAGGACGGCCAGUCAUGGAUUUCUCACUAGCCUGAUAGUAUGGGUACUGGCAAUUUUGUGUGCCGCUCCUCACUUUGUAUUCAUGCAAAAGUUAGAGAAUACGUGCACUUCUCAGUAUCCUCAAAAUCUUGAGGAUACCUGGCCAGUUUUCUGCAAUUUGGAAAUAAACAUCAUAGGAUUUCUUCUCCCGAUGGGCAUCAUGAGCAUUUGCUACCUCAGGAUCAUCAAAACCUUGUUCGCCUGCAAAAACCACAGGAAAAGAAGAGCCAUGAGGCUGAUUUUACAGGUGGUGCUUGUGUUUUUUCUAUUCUGGACCCCACACCAGGUAUCGAUUUUUCUGCAAACAUUAAAAUUUUUCAACAUGUUUGAGAGCUGCAACAUCUUGAGAUAUUUAUAUUAUACUAUGCAUGCAACGGAAACCCUGGCUUUCAGUCACUGUUGUCUUAAUCCAAUAAUCUAUGCUUUCGCCAGUGAAAAAUUUAGAAAGUACCUUUGUCACUUGGUUCUCAAAAGCCUCUCAUUCAUUUGCUUUUGUGGGCCUUGCAGUCACUACCAUGGCAGAGCUCCUGCUUCCCUUACAGAGAACAUCCCGACCAGCAACCAGACACAGAACACAAGUGACCAAGACUGCUCGGUCUUGCUCUGA